CCAUCAUCAUUUCUCUCGUCCUCCUCAUCCUCCUCCUCAUCCAUCAUCCAUCUUCCACUCCUCAUCUUAAAUCCAUACCCAUCUUCAUCUUUCUCUCCCGUUCCCCAUCCCCCGCUCUCUCUCUCUCUGUUAACCCAUCGCCCUAAUCACCUCCGCCAUGUCCGAGUCUCAGGACAUCAAGCCUCGCCCGGAGGACGACCUUGUCGCCCCCACCCCUCAGAACACCCCCCUCAACACUCAUGUCCCCACUAGCCGCCCCGCCCAGAAGCCCAACGUCGAGGAUGUCGUCGAGGGUGACGAGGACGAGGGAGAGGAUGUCACUAGCAUGAAUCCUGCUUCCCUCCUUGCCAGCAACCCCGCCCUCCUUGCGCUUGCUCAGCACAAGCUCGGCGCCCUCGUCGGCCGCCCCUCGGGUUACAUCCAGAGCCUGCCCCCCGCUGUCCGCCGGCGCAUCGACGGCCUCAAGGGUCUUCAGGUUGAGCACGCCAAGAUCGAAUCCGAGUUCCAACUCGCCAUACUUGAGGUCGAGAAGAAGUUCCUCGCCAAGUACCAGCCUCUCUACGACCGGCGUCAGGAGAUCAUCUCGGGCAAGGCUGAGCCCACCGACUCCGAGGUCACCGAGGGUCAGAACGCUGACUCGGACGACGAGGACGAAGAGGACGAGGGUGCUCAGGUCACUGAGCUCACCGACGAAGGCGAGGAGAAGCUUACUGGCAUUCCCGAGUUCUGGCUUACCGCCAUGAAGAACGCCGUCCCUCUCGCCGAGACUAUCACCGACGCUGACGAGGAGGCUCUCAAGAAGCUCACCGACAUCCGGCUGUCCUACCUCGACGGCCAGGCUGGCUUCCGUCUGCACUUCACCUUUGCGCCCAAUGACUUCUUUGAGGACACCGAGCUCACCAAGACCUACUACUACCAGGACCAGGUGGGCUACGGCGGGGACUUUGUCUACGACAAGGCGAUCGGCCACGAGAUCAAGUGGAAGGAGGACAAGGACCUCACCAAGAAGGUCGAGAUCAAGAAGCAGCGCAACAAGACGACUGGCCGCACGCGUGUCGUCCGUAAAGUCGUGCCCACCGACUCGUUCUUCAACUUCUUCAAGCCGCCCCAGCCUCCAACGCGCGAGGAGCUCCAGGAGGAGGACGUCGAUGAGGAGGAGCUCGAGGAGCUCGAUGGCCGCCUCGAGAUGGACUACCAGCUUGGCGAGGAUUUCAAGGAGAAGAUCAUCCCCCGCGCCGUCGACUACUUCACCGGCAAGGCCCUCCGCUAUGAGGAGGACUUUGAGGAUGACUUUGAGGACGAUGACGACUUUGACGAGGAUGACGACGACGAGGAGUAGCACGACGGCGCCCCCGCACCUGGCGCGCAGGACGAGAACUGCAAGCAGCAGUAGUUUCGUAGACAUAAUGCUGUGACAGACCUGACAGUGCCAUUUUUUUCAGUUACUCAGGCAGACUCACACUCACGGCCCAC